UUUCGAACGGAUGAUUCAAGCGACUCCACCAACGGGAGAUCGUGGUGUGCCCUUGAGUAUCAAGACAAUUGGAAGGGAGCGGCCAUACCUUAUGCUGUGAUGAACCAGUCUUACGACUCUGAUUUGGCACUGGAAAAAGCAAUGUAUUGUGGCUUGGAGCUUGAAGUCCACAACCCGGCAAAUGACCGGGUUGUUACCGUGUGGGUCGUGGAUGCUUUCGAUCAGAGUUGGGUUCACACCAACGCCUCUCUGGAUUUAACAGUUUCAGCAUUCCAAGAGUUGAACGGUACCUUCAACGGAGACAAGGAUGCUGUCAUAAAAAACAUGACUUGGGUGUUCACGGGGUGGUUGGUGCUAACCUGGGUUGUUUCUACUUUUCGCUGA